AAUGAUGAAAAUGAUAGCGAUUUAACCAGAUUUUCUGUACAUUCCAUAGAAAACCGUUUGAUAAACGUUGCAUAUGUUUUUCUGUCGGUUAUUUUAGGCACUGAUUUUUGUGAAAGAGCCGUACUUCAACGAACCGGGAUUCGAAAAGUAUAUAGGCACAGAAGACGGUCAACAACUGAGCAACUACUACAACCAGCAGUUGCGACAGGCCACUUUGCAGUACGCGAUUUUGGACCAACUGAAGAAGCCUCCCGAAUAUUUCAAAGAUGUGAUUCGAAGGCAGUUCAGACUGAAGAAAAGCUCUAUAAUCGAACAGGCGCAGAGGUGCUUGAAUGACACGUCCAACACCUGUGCCUCAGAGUCGAAACGCAAGAAUAAAUGCCAGCUGGCCGGCGUGGGCGACUGUCCGUCAUUGCCAAACGUCAGACAGACUGUCGAGGUACUGCUCAAAGAACUGGACCGCCUUGAGUUUUGA